GUCUGCCGUUACGUCAUCCAACCAACCACCUACCAUACAAAAUCAAGCCCUGCCAUCUUUGCAAAACUUCAUUUGGGCACUCUGCAAUCUGCAUUGAAGCUUUCUGAUUGAAGAAGAAGAUGGCAACGACAGUGAAGAGGGUCAAGCUUGGUUCACAGGGCCUCGAAGUCUCUGCUCAGGGACUUGGUUGUAUGGGCAUGUCCGCCUUCUACGGCCCUCCCAAGCCCGAACCCGACAUGAUCGCUCUCAUCCACCAUGCCAUUGACUCCGGGAUCACCUUCCUAGACACCUCCGACAUCUACGGCCCCCACACCAACGAGAUUCUCCUCGGCAAGGCCUUGAAGGAAGGGAUGCGUGAGAGAGUUGAAUUGGCGACCAAAUUCGGCAUCAGCGUUGCCGACGGCAAGAGGGAGCUUCGCGGGGAUCCGGCAUACGUUAGGGCUGCUUGCGAGGCCAGCUUGAAGCGCCUCGAUGUUGAUCAUAUCGAUCUUUAUUACCAGCAUCGCAUUGACACUCGCAUUCCGAUCGAAGUCACAAUGGGGGAACUCAAAAAACUAGUGGAGGAGGGCAAGAUAAAAUAUGUAGGUUUAUCUGAGGCAUCUGCUUCGACAAUCAGAAGGGCUCAUGCUGUCCAACCGAUAACAGCUGUACAGUUGGAGUGGUCCUUAUGGACAAGAGAUGUGGAGGAAGACAUUGUUCCAACUUGCAGGGAACUUGGCAUUGGGAUUGUUGCAUAUAGUCCCCUGGGACGAGGAUUUUUUUCUUCAGGGCCUAAGCUUGUUGAGAACCUUUCUAAGGAUGACUUUCGUCAGUAUCUGCCCAGGUUCCAACCUGAAAAUCUGGAACAUAACAAAAGUCUAUUUGAGCGUGUUAAUGAAAUGGCAGCAAAAAAAGGAUGCACCCCAUCUCAGCUAGCGCUGGCGUGGGUCCAUCACCAGGGAGAUGAUGUGUGUCCCAUUCCUGGAACCACUAAGAUUGAGAAUUUCAACCAGAACAUUGGAGCUUUAUCUGUGAAACUAACACCAGAAGAAAUUACUGAACUUGAAUCUCUUGCUACUGCCGAUGCUGUGAAGGGCGAUAGAUAUGGAGGACUCACUACUACUUACAAGGAGUCUGAAACUCCACCACUGUCUUCAUGGAAAGCUGUAUAAAUGCGUAUGUCUUUGGCCAUGGCUUGAGUAUUGUACCACUAGUUUUGUUCCAUCGUGGAUUUUGUGUGUUGAAAGUUAUUAUGUUGUAAAAUAAUUUCAUACUCUUUACUCUUUAGCACAAUGCAUCCCAUUGUCGCUCGUCGUGAUUGCACUUGUGUACUUCAUGCUUAAGCAAUAGAAAUGACUCCAUUUCUCUUC